AUGUAUUCCAAAAAUAACGAGAAAUCUUCAAUUGUAAAAUCUAAAUGUAAAGAAGAUAAACAAAGAUCAACAAUUUCAGCACCCAUAGAUCAUGAUUACAUUGUAUCAAAGCCUACUCCUGUUGUGAAAAAUUUAAUGGUAGAGAAAAUCAUGGAUUUUAAAAACAAUUUAGAUAUCAAUGCAAAAACAAUUAUGAAAGAAGCAGACACCGAAAUUCUCAUGUCAGUCAUUAAAACAGAAAACAAAAGAGAAAUUAUCAAACAACUUCUCACAACUGAGGGUUUUAAAGAGAACAUUUUGUGCCUUUUUAUGGAAGAAAUGAAUUUAAUGUCCAAUCUUCUAAGAAAUAGGAAACUAUUUUACGUCAGUGAAUUGAUGAAAAAAAACCCAGAGGAUUUGAAAUCUUUUAAAUGGAAUGAAAUUAUUAGCGAGUUCAUGGUAAAGUUUCCAACAGUUUUCAGUUUAAUAUUAACCAUGUUCUUAACACCAGAGGACAUGGAGAAUAAAGAGAAAAUAGAAGCUAUUAUUCCAAGAAUAGGAAUGGUUUACAGCAUGCUAAUGCAGGGAAGAAACAAAGAGCUCAGCAGAAUUCAACGUGUUACAUCACUGUUUUUGUUUGACAACAUAUGUGAUCAAAAGGUGUUUGACAGGCUUCAGACAGUGGGAGUAUGCCUAAGCUAUGAAAGAAGCUUACAAAUUGUAGAGUUGAUUGGAGGCCAUUUUAAUGAUAAGGUUGUGAAGCUGGUAAAGAACAACAUUCGUUUCAGGAUAAUUGGUGACAACAUCAAUUGGACUGUUGGUGUUCAUGACCAAAGAAUAAACAACAAACAGAAAAUGAUGCAUGCCUUUGGUUCAGCAGUAAUAGUUCAAAACCUGACCUUUACCAAUCUAGACAGAGUUGUACCACAACAGCUAUAUAGUCACACACCGGUUCAAAACUUCAUACCAUCAGAGGAAGACUACAACCAUAUAACAACUGACUAUAUCAUCCUAAUGUCAAGGGUUGUUCUUGAACACAUUCCCUACUUCAAAAGAUUUUCAGAUAUUAUUCCAAUUAACAUCAGUACACCAUGCAGUCCUAACUUGAAAAAAAAGUCAGAAGUUAUACCCUUACCUGUUCUGUUCAAAAAUGAGCAAUAUUAUCAAGAUGUUGUAGGGAUACUUGACUUCUAUGAGAAAUGUUUGAAAGAUGCUCAUGAUAAAGCAGGAAAACAACUCGGUGAUCAAACAUUUCAGAUAGGAGGUGACCAGCUUACAAGAGAGAGAUUCUCAGGAGCAAAGUCACUCAGAGCACACCAUCUUAACCCUGCUGACAAAUUCAGCCACUUGAGUCCAAUAACAUUUGAACUCUUCCAUAUGUUGAUGUCUUACCUCUAA